CAUAGAAACCCAGGUAGCCAAGCGAGCCUGGCUCUUAGGGACUCGCCCGGCUGGGUUAUUCCCCGGGCCGUCCGAACGCCGAAGGAAAAGCAGCCCAGUCUUCGGGCGCAAUCAAUCCGCGGGAGCAUGAGAAGCGCUGGCAGUUCCCGUGCGGGCUCUGCCUGCUCCAGGCUCAUCGACGUGACCAGCAACGCACCGUUGCUGCGCUCGCCCUCCAGCGUCCCAGGCUCAGCCUCUUCCGAAGCGGAGCAGAGAACUCAUAAUUAUUUGCUACUGGAUGUUCCUGACUCUCGAGAACAGCUAGUCCAUUAUCGGAAUGCAGCAGAAACAGCCAGCAGUGAGCUUGCCGCGCUCCUAGUGAAGUACGAAUGCGCUCAAGCAGAGAUUCUAGAUCUUAAAUCCAGAAUAGCCUCACAGGAAGUAUCCAUACAAGAAUUCAAAGCUGAAGUUGGGGGCUAUAAGGAGAACGAUGCUCGUCAGUCUUCUCUCCUUUUUUCCAUGCAACACAAAUUCCAAGAACUUGAGAAGGAAUCAGGCACAGUUGCCAUUGCCAAACACCAAGCAGAGCUAAAAUCACAAGCUAUUCUCCAGGAGAACUUGGAGCUAAAGGAGAAAAUCUACGAACAAGAAGAGCAGAUCAGAAAAUAUAUGAAUAAAUCUGAAGAAAGCAAAUCCUAUGCAUCUAAGGUCAGCAGAGAACAACAUGAAUUCAUUGCACAACUCUGUCAUCUUCUGGAACUCGGCGUAGGAGGAAACGAAGAGUCACCAGAAUAUCUGCUCUCCAAGAUCCGUGGACUGCGUAAAGAAAACGACACGCUAAAAGAACAAAUAGAUACCUUCAGGGAGACCGUCACAAUUCAUGAGAUGGAACUGAAAGCUAACAGAGAAACCAUCAUGAGGCUGGUGUCAGAAGUGAACAAAGAGCAAAAAAAAGCAGCAGCUUACUCUCAAGACAUAGAAAAGCUAAGUGAUGACCUAAGCAACAUUGCAGGAGCAAAGCAGAAUCUUGAGGAGGAGAUCAGAAGCCUACAAGACAGAUUGGCAGCCAGCCAGCGGGCUUGGGAAGAAUUGGGCCAACUAAAGCUCCAUUGCAAUGAAAAAGAAACAGAAUUGAGAACUAAUCUAGAGCAAGCCAGAGAAGAAAAAAGGCUGCACAAUGAAUUCAAAGAUCAGAUAGUGGCUUUACUGGGGAGUAACCCCAUGGUGACGACUCCAUCCAAGGAAGACAUUGUGGAAAAAAUCCGAGAGUUGUGCCACAAAGAGGAGAACAAAAAAAGAAUAGUAUCCCAACUUGAAGCCCAAAUCAGCAAACUUAUCGAGACUCUGGAGGCUCAGAAAAUGUUGCAUCAGGAGGCCUUGCAAAGAGCCAAAAAAUCAGAAAACAAAUCAGAAAUGCUUCAUGAUCAGUUGAAGCGUCUAGAAGGAGAGUUGGUGUCUGGAGAUGUGAUGCGAGAUGCUUGGAAACUUGAGAAGCAACAAUAUCUUAAGUUUCUGGAUCAGCUCUCUGAAAAGAUGGACCUGGACAGAAUAGCAAUAGAGAUUGGAUUUGACAUGAGGUUGGAUGCAGUGCUGGCUCGUGCAGAGCAGUUGAUCAAGUUGGAACGAGACACAUUGACUGAUAAUAAGAUCAUGGUCCGAAACCUGCAGAGAAAGGUAAAAGCUCAGAAAGAGCAACUUGAGAACAAAGAACUUCAUGUGAAGCUUUUGCGUCAGAAGAUCGUCCAGCUGGAAGAAGAGAAGCAAGUGCGCACAGCCCUGGCAGUAGAAAGGGAUGAGGCCAACCUCACACUCAGAAAGUUACAAAAGAAAAUAGACAGAUUGCAGAACGAACUUUCUUUGGCGAGAGAAACACACACAGAUCUGAAAGUUAAACUUGCUGACACGAAUGAACUGAAGCUCAAAGCACUGGAGCAAGACAAAACCAUAGAAGAACUCAGCAAAUCUCAAGAGAAACUGGAAAAGAUGAAGACUAAAGCCGAGAAGCAAUUAACCUCGGUCCAGUCUGAGCUACAUGUUAGAGAACGUGAAUCAAAGGAAGAUAAAGAAAAGGCUAAACACUUGUUGGAAUCUGUGACUGCAGAAGCAACAGCACUUAAAUCGACUCUUGAAGAAGUCAUGAAAAGAGAGAAACAGCUGGCAGAUUUCCGAAGAGUCAUCUCUCUCAUGCUGGGUCUCAAUAUCACCACCGUGGCUCUUCCUGACUAUGAAAUAGUGACUCGUCUCGAGGGGUUGAUCCAUUCUCAUCAGCAUCAUUGCUCUCCUUGUGCCUGCUUCAAGUGUCAGUGAAAGAAGAUGGACUUUCAUAGCUUCUCCACUGAGUGCCUCCUUUCUUGCUACAAAUAAUAAUUAUAACAGCGGAAGUUUGAUUGGAUGUUCCAAAAGUUAACAUUUUGUUGGAGUUAAACUAUUGCAUAAUCCAAGGAAAAAGAACAUUAAGAAGUACCAAUGAAGUAUCUUAAUAAAUAAUAUAUGUAUAAUUGGGUGACCAGCCUAUGGUCUCAGCAUCAAAAAUGAAACAAAAUUCUCAUAAUCAUCAAAGUGGAAUCUCACAGAGGCCUGAUAUUGAGCAGCUUCUCUCUCUCUUUUCCUCUCACAGGAGAAAAAUCUCCUGUGAACACAUCUUUCCAGAUGCAACAGAUCCUCUUAGGAUAUAAGUUUACAGCAUGUGUCAGUGCAUUUGCUUUGUAAAACAAGAGAUAAGAUUAUUUCACAAGUAAUCAAGAAGUUACAAAACAGAUGUUCCUAUGUCUGAAGCUUUUUCGUGUAUAUAAUAUGCAUGUUUUGAGUCUCUGACAUGUAUAGGAAGUUCCCAAGGAUAUCAGUCCAUUUUUUUAUAUGUUUAUAAUAGUGGUUUAAAUAUUACAAGAGUUCUUUAAAAUUGCACCCAAUUUUAACACAUCAAAGAAUUAGUAAAAUCUGAAGAAGAGCAUUAGGCUAUAUUAACAUUCCAUACGGAAAUUAUACUACUUGAAAGAAAUAUCACAUUGGCACAAAUUAAGCAGAUAAGAUUAACAGGGAGCUAAAAUUUAAAUAGCAACUGAUUUAAAGUUUAAAACAUCCAUUUUGGCUUCAGUCCCAUAAUCCACAAAUAGUUUCCCUGGGGUCCUUAGAUUUCUUGAAUCUCAGCUUCUAAAAGCAAAGAAAUGUUCAUUUUAAAAGAGAAACAUCAUACCUCAAGUUUCAUAUGUGAAAUAAUAGCAAUAUCAGCGGUGAAAUGUAAAAUUUGUUACUACUGGUUCUGUGGGCGUGGCUUGGUGGUGGUGGGGUAAUGUGACUGGGUGGGCGUGGCCAACUUUUUUUUUUACUUUUAAAAGCAUUUUUUCUACAACCUCUGAAGAGGUUGUAAAAAAAAUGCUUUUAAAAGGAUCUGACGACCCCAGCUGAAUUGCCUGACCAUCAGAGGCUUUUUUUUAUGUUUAAAAGCAUUUUUUGGCUGAAGAAAAAAUGCUUUUAAAAGUAAAAAAAAAAAACCUCUGAUGAUUGCGUGGCUCAGCUGGGAAUGUGGGGGGAGAGAUUUUUGCUACCUGUUCUCCGAACCACCCGCUGCCAUCGCUACCAGAUUGGGCGAACCAGUCUGAACCAGGAGCAUUUCACUCCUGAGCAAUAUCCGUAUUCAGUAUUUCUCCAGUGUUUGGAUUUGCCAAGACGGACUAUGAAUAAGUAGUAUUCCUAGCCAUUCCAUGCUCUACCAUAACCCAGAAUUGGGGAGAAUUAUAUUAGUUUUUAAAUUAACAUUAUCUAUUUCUCUCUUUGUGGCAACAAAUUAAGACAAAGAAAAACCAACACAGGAAGGGAAAUGUUGAAACUUAAAUACAUAGAUACUUUGAAUUUCUAGUAAUUUUUUUUUUUUGGUUGUUUACAUUUAUACCCUUCUCCGAAGACUCAGGGCGGCUUACAAUGUAUAAGGCAAUAGUCUCAUUCUAUUUGUAUAUUUUUACAAAGUCAACUUAUUGCCCCCCCAACAAUCUGGGUCCUCAUUUUACCUACCUUAUAAAGGAUGGAAGGCUGAGUCAACCUUGGGCCGGGCUCGAACCUGCAGUAAUUGCAGGCUUUGUGUUCUUAAUAACAGGCUUUACCAGCCUGCGCUAUUCACCGGCCCUAAUUUAUCAAAUUAGCAAAGACUUAGUAAUAUUACAGGAUCAGAGAUUUAGAAGUGACCAUCCAUUCAUGACAGGAUAGUUCUCAUAACUCAGAAUCAGGCAGAGAUUUAGAAGAUUAAAGGUUCAAUACUUUGCUAAUUUCAGAAAUCUAGAGUCUACUAUACUGAACUAAAUCCCCCUCAGUAAUUUAAAAAAUGCUUUAAAAAGGUCUAUCUAGAUCAAGUCUCUGCUACUAUUUCCUUUGGUAGAAAAGCUGAAGCAAGAACAUUUGGAAAACAGUUGUCAUUUAUAAGAGUGCAUUUUUAAAAAUAAACCUAUAGAUUUUAAUGAGAAUAAAUCAUUACUGGACAGAAUUUUUUGGGGUCAUUUUGCAAAAUUUCUUUAAUUUACUUUGGACUCCUGCUCUUCUGGUUACAUGUAAAGAGUGAUUGAAUCAUAUAUCUUCAUUUUUUAAAAGAAUAUCUAAAUAUCUGUUUAAAGUUUCACGUGUCUGACAUACUGAACAGGUAAAAUAGAAUGUCAGAUCAGUAGAAAACACAGUCUGCAGCCAAAAGAGCUGCUCAAUUUCCUGUGAAAUAUGUGGAUGGCUUAUAAGCUUUCUUUCAAUUGCAGGGAAGAGUGUCUUGUCACUGAUAAUGGCGUGAACCUGCCAGAUCCCCCCACCUUCCCAUCCCUUCUAUCUGAUUUUUUUGGUCUAUGAGCCUGGCUAUUUCCCCAGGUCAAAGCAUUCCAUACUGGCAUGUUAAUAUCUGUUAUUUGCCCCUUCAUCUGUAAUCUCAAGGGGACAGAAUGAAAGACCCAUUUUCCCCACUGAUUAAGUUUUUAAAUAAAUGACACUUAUUUGCUCACAUAACCAGCAGUAUCAAACAAGGUGGUUAUGGAAUAGGUAUGAUAAUACAAACAAAUGGAAUACUUUUUUUAAAAAAGAAAAUGAGGGCAUCCUUGAGAAGAUAGACUAGUUAUAACCUAUUAGGUAAGUCAAAGAUCUGCAUGUUAAAACUAGUCCUCUGUAAAUAGACUGAGCAAAUGAGAUAGGGAAGCAACACAUACUGAGCAAGCUGAAUGGAAAAUGAGAGAUUACUCGCAUACCUCCCUGAUUCUUUCCUGCCAAAUUUGGGUCAUUGGUUCCAGUUUUUCUAGAGGUUUGGGGGCAUUGGGUCUGACAUCCACACCUAAUCUGGAAAAAAGAUUGCAGUUCAUUCCACCAGAUCAUCUGGGGAAAAUGAAUUUCUAAUACAUUCACUUCCCGAUUCCCGUCUCCUCCUCUUGUUGAGAGUGUGACUUUAAUUAUAGAAUACUUACAAGAUGCCAGUCAACAAGCCACUAACUUAAAAGUAAUC